AUGAUCCAAUGUGAUGGUGCUGGCUGCUUCUGUGUAUCUGCUAACACCGGUCUCACCGCUUUCGAUACACGCACAUCGAAUAAUAGGACGCAGCCCAGAUGCUCAGGCUAUUACGAAAUGAUCCAAUGUGAUGGUGCUGGCUGCUUCUGUGUAUCUGCUAACACCGGUCUCACCGCUUUCGAUACACGCACAUCGAAUAAUAGGACGCAGCCCAGAUGCUCAGACUGCCAGAACGCCCUGAAAACGCAAUUCGCUGGAGGAGCUGUGUCUCCGGGAACGUUCGUAGCAAGAUGUGAUGUUGUGCUAGGCGAUUACGAAGUGUUUCAAUGCGAUGCAAGACGUCAGUAUUGCUACUGUGUGGAUACAAAGACGGGGAGGGAAGUACAGAACACGCGCAAGCGAACAGGAGAGAAUCAAUACAUCGUAUUGUGGAAGAUCAAGUGA